UUCGCACCCCGCCACUGGAUUUACAUCAUAACGAGCCGCCACUGGAAUUACCGUCACUUGUCACAAUGACAGUGGCGAGGUUAUGUUCAUGAGCAAUCAAAACCGAGCACUUUAAUAAAUAAUGGACGAGUCACCGGAAGCGUUAAAAGAACUGGGAAACAGCGCUGUCAAAAAUCAAAAAUAUGAAGAAGCGAUUUUAUACUACACUCAAGCCCUUAAGAGCGAUUCUAACAACUACACCCUGUAUAGUAAUCGAUCUUUUGCAUUCCUCAAGGUCCAACAAUACUAUUUUGCAAUGCAAGAUGCAAACGAAACGAUCAGACUGAACCCAAACUGGCCCAAAGGUUAUUUCCGCAGGGCUGAGGUCGAAUAUUCGGCCAAACACUUUGUGGAAGCCUGUGAGUCGUACCAAAAAGCCUUAAGUUUAAAACCCGACGAUAUCAAUAUUAUUGAGGCCCUUAGUAGGGCCAAAAGACAGAUUGCCAAGGAGAGAAAAGCGGACGAGGUCAUACCAUGGCUGGGGGCCGGCAUUGGCAUCGUCAUAGGGGUGAUAAUCGUCAUAGCUGACUGUAUUUUCACCCACAAACCGACACACCCUCUUUUGAUGGCUUUCGUCACCAUAAUUAUAGCCAUGGUGGGGUACGGAAUCGCCAAAACCUACAGAUAUUACGUGAGGUGUCAAAGGGACGGGCUACUAGAGCCCCCACCUGACCUAAUGAGUGAAGAUGAUAGGGACGAAACGUGCGAGAAAGAGACGAAACAUACCCCCAGAUACACCAAAUCGCAAGCGAGACAGAGAUACAAGAAGGGAAAGUUGUGAAAAAUCGGCCUCACAUUCCGUUAACCCCAUUUAUGGUUGUUGCUUAUGUAAGAUGGUACAUAAUGUGU